GUUUGAUUCGAAUCUUCUUGCCCAUUGUCCCCAUUUUCUUUCACCUCAUCACAUGCUCCCUUGCCUUCUCUGAACUUAACGUAGAAGCUCCCAGAAGUGAAUCGAAUCUUCGCAAACUUUCCCAUCUGAAUCGCACCAAAUCCCUCAUACGCACACAUUUUUCCGGGCAAUUUUACUUCACCGUGUUGGCAUUUUUUUUUCCCUUGAUUUAUAUAUACUUCUCUUCAUCUUAUUCGCAAAAUUUCUUUAUAUAACCGUUGAUUCAUAAGUACACGCGCAUACGACGUCCUAACUUUAACGUAUGGCUGCCGGAGUGGAGCUGCCGAUGCGGAGAGCCGGUGGUGGUGGAAUUGCAAUGGAGUUUCCGGCUGGAGAUGAGGAGGUGGUGCAGUCACCGCCGAGGCUGCCGAAGAGGCUCCGUCGAAGGCUUCUUGAUGUGGAUAAGUCCCCUAGUACAAUUGAGGAAAUCGAAGCCAAGCUACGUGAUGCCGAUCUGCGCAGACAGAAAUAUUAUGAGAAGCUCUCAAACAAGGCACGCUCCAAGCCAAGAAGCUUCAUGAGCUCUUCCUUUCAAGAGGAAGACCGUGGGUUACGCCUAGAAGCAAAGUUGCAAGCUGCUGAGCAGAAGAGGCUGAGCAUUUUGGCAAAGGCUCAAAUGCGCUUAGCAAGGUUCGAUGAAUUAAGGCAAGCUGCCAAAAUUUGUUGCGAGGAUGAGCGUGUCAAGUGUAGGGCAAAGGUAGAAUCAUGUGUUCAGCAGGCUGAGGCAAAUAGGAUGCUUUUGCUUAAGGCUUGCAAACAAAGAAGGGCCAGCCAUAGAGAAAGGUAUGCUCAAUCAUUGUGGCAAAGAAUAGUUCGGGAGGAGCAUGUGCGUGCUGCAAUUCACCAAAAGAGAGCUACUGCUGAAAUUAAACGCCUUGGGUUGCUGGAAGCUGAGAAGAAGAGGGCACAUGCUCGAUUAUUGCAGGUGAGACAUAUAGUUAAGUCUGUAUCACAGCAGCGUGAGAUGGAGAGAAGGAAAAAGAACGAUCAAUUGGAAGAUCGAAUACAAAAGGCAAGGAGACAGAGAGCAGAAUACCUCAGGCAGAGGGGCAGGUUGCAUGGUAAUGCGCAAGAAAAUUGGGAUAGAAUGCCCACGGAAGCUGAACUUCUCUCUGAAAAAGUGGCAAGGUGCUGGAGGAGGUUUGUAAGGUUGCAGAGAACAACUCUUACUUUGGCAAAGGCUUUUAGUUCAUUGGGGAUUGAUGAGAAAUCUGCCAAGUCAAUGCCUUUUGAGCAGAUUGCCCUUCUUAUUGAAUCUCCUUCUACUCUUCAAGUUGUGAAAUCUUUACUUGGCCGGAUUGAGAGCCGCCUAAAAGUGUCUAGAGCUGUAAAUCCCGCUAAUUGUUUGUCUAGUUUGGAAAACAUUGAUCACCUUCUUAAACUGGUUGCAACCCCCAAGAAAAGUGUUACUUCCAGGAGUUCUUUGAAAAGCAGGGAAGCUAAGAUAGUAGGUUCAGUCAGGCAGUCAAAUAGGGGCCUCGACAGGUUGCCGAGGUAUUUGGUGAGAGUUGUUCUUUGUGCUUAUAUGAUAUUGGGUCACCCGGAUGCCAUUUUCAGUGUAAUGGGAGAACGUGAAAGUGCUCUUGCUAAAUCUGCUGAAGCAUUUGUCCAAAUGUUUGAGUUGUUGAUAAAAAUUAUAUUGGAGGGGCCAAUGCAGUGUUCUGAUGUUCAUCCUGACUCAAUAGCCUCAAAACGUUGUACCUUUAGGUCUCAGCUCGCUGAUUUUGAUAAAGCAUGGUGCUCGUACUUAAGUUGUUUUGUGAUUUGGAAGGUCAAGGAUGCUCAAUUACUGGAGGAGGAUUUGGUUAAAGCAGUUUGCCAGCUUGAGGCUUCUAUGAUUCAAACUUGCAAGUUAACUCCAGAAGGAGAUAGUCAUCCGCUGAGUCAUGAUGAUAUGAAAUCUAGUCAGCAUCAGUUUGCUGAAAGUCAAAGACUUUUGAAAGAAAUGGUACAGCACCUGAGUGGAAAUGCUGGGAUUGAGCAUAUGGAAGGGGCACUAUCUGAAACGAGGUCUAGAUACCUUAGAGUGAACGAGAAUGGAAGCCCGUUGGGGUUACCAAUGACUCUGUCCUUUGCUCUGAGUCAAAGCAAAACUAACUUCUCUCCUGUUCUUUCCAUGGUUUCUAGCUCAAGUGAGAGUGGCAUCCCAGUUGAGAGUAACCAAAUUAGAAGCCAUGUAGUUCGCUCCCUAUUCAAGAAUGCCACUACUUCCUCUCCUGGGGGUUCCAUCAUCUCUGAACUUAGUAUCGGUUCUGAUGGUCAAUUGGGUUCUUCCAUUAAAAAGUUGUUUGCAGAGAAUGAAGUUCUUGUAAAUGAAUUUCUCCACCAUCAUCGCUGUAGUUUCUCUGUUGGUUGGGGUGAUGCUGAUUUCAACCCAAGCAGCAUUGAGGGGAAAAUAAAAGAGACAAUGGAGAAGGCUUUUUGGGAUUGCAUCAUGGAAUCUGUUAAGCAGGACCAGCCCAACUAUGAUCAAGUUGUUCAACUCAUGAGGGAGGUUAGGGAUGAAAUUUGUGAGAUGGCCCCACAAAGCUGGAAAGAGGACAUUUUUGCAGCAAUUGAUGUGGAAAUUUUUUCUCAGGUGCUGAAAUCGGGCAACUUGGAUGUUGAUUACCUUGGAAAGAUUCUAGAAUUUUCUCUGAUCACUUUGCAGAAGCUCUCAGCUCCAGUCAAUGAGGAAAAAAUGAAGGGCGCACGACAGAGAUUAUUUUCAGAGUUGACUGAAAUAUGUCAAUCCAGAGAUGAGUCAAACUAUCCAUGUGUUAUGGCCAUGAUCACGGGUUUACGAUUUGUCCUGGAACAGAUUCAGACUCUUAAGAAGGAGAUUAGCAAAGCACGUGUAAGACUAAUGGAGCCUUUAAUAAAGGGGCCUGCAGGCCUGGAUUACCUGAGGAAUGCCUUUGCUAACCGUUAUGGAUCUCCAUGUGACGCCAAUGCAUCUCUGCCUUCAACAUUGAGAUGGAUUUCAUCUGUCUUGACUUGUAAAGAUCAGGAGUGGGAAGAACACAUAAGUUUAACAUCCGCUUUGGAAGGCUCCGAUAGUCCAGCGCAAGGGUGUCUUCCUUCCACCACUCUUCAAACUGGGGGAAGUAUUCUGGUCAGGACAUCUGGCGUUCAAACACCUAUAUCUACUUAUGGUCGUACUACUACAGUCAGUCAGCAGCCAGAAUGCAAAGGAGAAACAGUUGAUCUAGUUGUGAGGGUUGGUUUGCUAAAGUUGGUUAGUCGAGUGUCUGGUCUGAGUCAUGAAGAUUUGCCAGAAACACUAUUUCUUAAUUUCCGAAGGCUGACAUCUGUCCAAGCUCAGAUUCAAAAGAUUAUUGUGAUUUCAACAAGCAUUCUUAUAUGCCGCCAGAUCCUCCUGAGCGAAAAAGUUGUAGCCAAUCCUGUGGAUAUGGAAAACAUAAUAUCAAAGCGUGCCAAACAACUCUUGGAUCUAUUGGACCGUGUUGAAGACGCCGAUAUUAAAGACAUUGUAGAAGUGAUUUGUGAAUUGGAUAAAGUUGGUGAUGAAGUCAGCGAUGCCGGGCAACUUCAAGCAAGGAAGGAAGUUGCUGCCAGGAUGUUGGCCAAGAGCUUACAAGCUGGGGAUGCUGUGUUUGAAAGAGUUAUGAAUGCGGUCUAUUCAGCUUUACGAGGAGUUGUGCUCGGCGGAAGUGGGGUCCGGGGCAGAAAAUUGGCGGAAAUGGCUCUCCGGAAAGUUGGAGCUGCUGUCCUGUCUGAGAGGGUGGUGGAAGCUGCUGAAGUUUUGAUUUUGGCAGCCACCAUAUCUGUUAUGGUUCAUGGGCAAUGGUAUAAAUAUCUGACUGAUCGCAUGUAAUGUCAUGUGGAUGUCGAGGUACAUUGACAAUGAAUGACUCGGAUAUGUUAUAAAGCAAUUUAUAUGUAAAGUUGUCACUUGGCAGCUCUGAGAUCUUAGGUUUGGCAAUGAUAGGAAUAUAAUUUGUUGGUCAUACCAUAUAGAGUAUUUUUAGUAUGUGACGCACGCAAUUUAUAACAGAAAGCUAUUGGUGAUGCAUCAUAUUGCUCUGAUUGCCAUAGUUGUA